AAAAAUAAUAAAAGGAGUAAAUAAAAAAAUAAAGAAAAGAAAAAAAAUACUAGUAGUACUCUCUCUCUACUCCACUCUGCUACUGUGUCUGCGUCGUCGUCUCUCUCCUCUCCGAUUCGCGGCGGCGGCGGCGUCUCCGGUCUCCAGCUAAUUACAAGGAAGGAUGGAGUGGUGGGUGUGGUGAUAUUUUGUAGUGUUUCCCAAUGUGAAAGAAGCUUUUGCAAUGGCCCCAGGAAGCAGCAUUGUGACCGAUAUCCCUGAGUCGGAUUGUGUAUCUGAUGGGCUCUCUGAGGCACUCACUGGCAUUAGGCUUGAUGGAGAUUCUACAUGCAAGCCCUGGUCUACAUCACUUGUCACAGUUGAGCUAUCAUCGCUGACGGGCUUGAAUGAUUUGCUCGAGUGUCCAGUCUGCACAAACUCAAUGCGCCCACCUAUACUGCAGUGCCCAAAUGGUCACACAAUAUGCUCUAACUGCAAGCAUAGGGUGGAGAAUCAUUGCCCUACUUGUCGCCAAGAACUGGGUAAUAUCAGAUGUUUGGCUCUUGAGAAGGUGGCUGAGUCACUUCAGCUUCCAUGCAAAUAUCAAAGCCUAGGCUGUGCUGAGAUUCAUCCUUACCAAAACAAACUUAAGCAUGAGGAGCUCUGCAGGUUCAGGCCAUAUAGUUGUCCAUAUGCAGGUUCAGAAUGCCUGAUUGCUGGCGAUGUUCCGAUGCUUGUCUCUCAUCUCAUAAACGACCAUAAGGUGGACUUGCAUGAAGGCUGCACCUUUAACCACCGUUAUGUGAAGUCCAACCCUUAUGAAGUGGAAAACGCUACAUGGAUGCUGACGGUUUUCAAGUGUUUUGGACAGCACUUCUGCCUGCAUUUUGAGGCAUUCCUGCUGGGGAUGGCACCAGUGUACAUGGCGUUCCUGAGGUUCAUGGGCGAGGACAGCGAGGCCCGGAACUUCUGCUACAGCCUGGAGGUGGGCGGGAACGGGCGGAAGCUGACAUGGCAGGGCAUCCCCCGGAGCAUCAGGGACAGCCACAAGAAGGUCCGGGACAGCUUCGACGGCCUCAUCAUCCACCGGAACAUGGCCCUCUUCUUCUCCGGCGGCAACAGGCAGGAGCUCAAGCUGCGGGUUACCGGCCGCAUCUGGAAGGAGCAAUGACGUGAACGAUGCAGCAGCAGUGCUACUGAGACUGAUAGCAAAUGCCAAGAUCUCCCCAUUGAUGAUUCCACGCUGAUAGCACAUUGUGAUGUGCUGGGAGAGGAGAAAAAUGGGGAGACUUGUUGUGCAUUGAUGUACAAAUACAAUUUGCGGCAUGGUGGACUGGCUAGGACACAUCUGUAGCCUAGCAUGUGUUGAACUUGGAACCUGAUUUAUUAACACGAUGGAAAUGAACUUACGGAAGGGAAGGGGAAAUCUUUACUAGGAUGAAA